CCUGCUUCGCUGCCUCGUUUAGUUCUGACCCCUGGACGGCGGUCCUCUCCACUUGCYAGUCCGCGGAGGUAUCCUUUCCUGCGCGCUUCAGACCCCACGAGGUCCCCACCUCCGAGGUUGCUGCGGGGCUCUCGGAAGCCUGAGACUGUCUUGAGGCGCAGCCGGCGCCGCCCUCCACCCUCCCUACCAGCCUUCCGAUUUCCGUGGUAACAUCUGGGAGGGAAAUGGUCGUGUUUUCGGUGCCCGCUGAAGUCACUGUGAUCUUGUUAGAUAUCGAAGGUACCACAACCCCGAUUGCUUUCGUGAAGGACAUUUUAUUUCCUUACAUCAAAGAAAAUGUUAAAGAGUAUCUGCAGACACAUUGGGAAGAAGAGGAGUGCCAGCAGGAUGUCAAUCUUUUGAGAAAACAGGCUGAAGAAGAUGCCCACGUGGAUGGGGCUAUUCCAAUCCCUGCAGCAUCUGGAAAUGGGGUAGAUGAACUACAACAGAUAAUCCAGGCCGUUGUAGAUAAUGUGUGCUGGCAGAUGUCUCUGGACCGAAAGACCACAGCACUCAAACAACUGCAGGGCCACAUGUGGAGGGCAGCAUUCACAGCUGGACACAUGAAAGCAGAGUUCUUUGAAGAUGUAGUUCCAGCAGUCAGGAAGUGGAGAGAAGAUGGAAUGAAGGUGUAUAUCUAUUCUUCUGGAAGUGUGGAGGCUCAGAAACUAUUAUUUGGGCAUUCUACAGAGGGGAAUAUUCUUGAGCUUUUUGAUGGUCACUUUGAUACCAAAAUUGGACACAAAGUAGAGAGUGAGAGUUACAAAAAGAUUGCAAAUAGCAUUGGAUGCUCAACCAACAACAUCUUGUUUCUAACAGAUAUUACUUUAGAGGCCAGUGCUGCUGAGGAAGCAGGUGUGCAUGUAGCUGUGGUGGUGAGACCUGGCAAUGCAGGAUUGACAGAUGAUGAGAAAACUUCCUACAGCCUCAUCACAUCCUUCAGCGAACUAUACCUGCCUUCCUCAGCAUAGAGGAAACUUCCAUAGAAGACCAAACUGUUCCUCAGAGUUGUCCCCCUAGUGUCUAGUUUUAUUCUAAUGGCAAAGUAACUUACUUCUAUACGUACAUAUGUAUGCAAGUAUAUGUAUGUGUAUGCUCAUUAAUUUUCAUGGGCACAUAAGUGAGGGGAAAAAAGUCUUAAGUUCAGUGAAGAAACUUAUUUAAAGAUGCUCUAUAUGUAGACAUAGUUUGAGACCCUAACAGUAACCCACAUUGAGGGCAAAUUGUAGUUGAUAGAAGAAUACAGAUCAAAUGUGUUAUGAUUAUCAAAUCCUAUACCAAAAUGAGAACUUAGUUUUGAAAAUUAUUCAGAGGCCUAUUUUAAAUACUAGAAAUACUUCAGAGACAUUCUUAACAAUUCAUUUCCCUUGUUUAAUGGCGAGUUAGAAGAGUUACAAUAGCUGUAUUUCAUAUUUGCCUCCCUUGGUACAAAAGAUAAAUUUGUUUCUGCUCCAAAAGAGCAAAAUAAGGAAAGAAAAUUUACCUGAGUCUAGAUCAGUCAAGUAUUUGUUACUGAAGAAGAAAAUUACUAAUCAUGUGGCACCCAUAGCCAGCACUCACCUUAUCAAUGAAAAACAUGCAGAUAUAACAGCUAAAAAGGAACUGUGGUUCUUUAUGUCCAACAAAAUGAUUCUAAUUCUGCUGGUUUUACCAGUUGCCUUUCUAACUUUAUCUUCACACAGUUUAAAAAUAUAUGUUAAUUGCUACUUACUAUUUUUUAAAAUAAAGUUUUUGCUGAAAUUAGUUCAUAACACCCAGAAGAGCCCUAAUAUGUAAUAGUUUCCCCUUGAAUGUGAGAAAUGUAAAUUUUAUAACAGCAUUAUUUAUCCUGGUUCAAUUCUAGUAGGAUUCCAUGUCAGUUUUAUGUUGUGAUUAAUAAAAGCAUUCUCUUCUUUCAGUUUUAUAGAGGUCCCUGAACUAUACCACAUAUUAUCAUAAUCAAAACAAAACUCAGAUUGAAGAAAAAUUUUUUAAAUAAGAAUUUUAUUUUAGUUUUGUCUUAAUGUGUAUGAAGCAUGUUUUAAUGAAGUGCCAGUGGAAAAAAAUCAUUAGCCAGCAUUUGAAUUAUAUAUAUAUAUAUAUAUAUAUAUAUAUGAGGUUACUAUUUCAUCUGGGUUCUAAAAGCAUUCAGUAUAUUAGUGGAGUUUCUUAUAUUUAUGAGAGUCUUAUGUUUGAAGUAUAUCAGAUAAUGCUUGAAGGAGGCAAGUAUUUUUCCUAAUGAAUUCUGGAGAAAUAAUUUUAGGAUGCUUCAAAUAAAGAGAAGGAAGUACUCUUGCAAAUAUGAGAGGACAGGGGAUACAAAUGAUUUUACGUUGAUAAUUUUGAUCUUCUAGUAGCUAAUUUAAAGAAUCUGAAGACGACAAAAUGUAGUAGAAAAAUAGAAAUAUAAAUAAUUUUAAAAUGGGAGUUGUCGCGUUCCUCGAGACUAAAACACUCAGAGUCAUUCCAGGGGAACUGGGCUGCGCGAAAUAACCACACAAGAGACAGAAAUACCUUUUUCUUUGGGGUUCCUGUGUCACCUCCUCUGACCUUAAGGGUUUGCAGAAAAAGAGCAUGCAUGCAAGCUGACCCCUUUUAUUGAGGAGAAGCCAUUCAAAUGAAGCAAGGAGUCAGGGUUUCAAGGGGCUGAGUCUAGCUUCAUGAUGUCUGUUGGUUGAUAUCUAGGAAGGCCACAUCCAAGGGCAGAGUAAGAGAAGGGGACACACAAAGUGCGUUUCCAUGGAACAUUCAAUUCCAAACAGGGAAAAAGGGCAAUAUCUCAAAGGAACAGGUGAGCGAAGCUCAACUCAUGGGGCUGCAGGAAGGCACACCUACACAUGAAGACACAUUUGACUGCAUUUUUACUACUCUCAGGAUCCAGAUCGGGGCUACCCCUUCAGCUACUUCAAAGUUGCCAGAUCACGGAAGUGACAGUGCUUCAACCUAUUAGGAGAAGAAAACGCUGGUCACAUGAAAUAAUGGCCUCCCACAGGGAGUAAUUUAUAAAUGAUGGCAAAAUCAAGAAUGAUAAUAAAAGGAUGAAUUUUAUAUAUUUUCAGGACAAGUUCAUGGAUAGAUGUCAGAACAGGGUAUCCCUUAGUAAUCAUAAAGAAGGCACAAUGCAAACUUCUCUUUCAAAGUGUUAGAAGCCCAUAGUGGUUCCAAAGUCCCAAAAUGGCUCAAAGGAGCUCAUGAACAAGAAGAAAAACAAAGGGUGAGGUCUAGAGAGUUUAGGACCCAUAGAAUCCAAGAAUUUAUUUUAUCUUUUUCACCCAGUGGUGGUAAAAAGCAGCCAGUGGGGGCCCAAAGUGGAAGGGGAAUGGGUGCUGGGUAGGAAAAGGGGGAGAAAAAAAAAGAAAUUCCUGCAACAAAGGUACUAUUACAGGAACUGCCUGGGAUUGUCCCUCCUUUCCCUUAGAAGGGUCAGCUAGCUGUGGUUGGCUGAUGAGGUUUGCCUUUAUCUUAGGCCAAAGAUUUGUAAGUUCAAGGCAGGCCUUGGCAGUUUAGCAAGGCCUUAAGCAACUUAGAACCUAUCUUGAA